GUACAAUUACCAACCAGGGCCCACAUACCCUCUACAAUUUACAUGUACAAUAGUUUAUAGAAACGCUCGUGGAUAAGGAUAUUCUAAAAGGAAAGUGAUGUCUUCUAUAUACUCUCCUCGACUUAAAUGUGGGAUGUGUGAUAAUGUACGUAUUCUCCACUCGAUCUGCAAACAAUGUGGAAACCUAUGUGAAGACUGUUCAGGACUCCACAGCAAAGGGAAUGCCUUCAAAAAUCAUAAUGUGGUGCCCUUAACUUUUUCAGAUAGAAUUGAGACGUCUUCAAUCAAGAUGAAACCGUCCACACAACUAGAUCUGCAUGAUAGCCCCCCCACCACCAGAUGUACAAUACCGCCUCAUAUAUCGACUUCAACAAAUGCCCCAAGACCUGGUCAUGCACCAUCGACCUCAUAUACUCCAACACCUGUUUAUCCGCAAUCAACUUCAAAUGCUCCAACAACUGUUAAUCCGUCAUCAACUUCAAAUGCUCCAACACAUGUUUAUCCGCCAUCAACUUCAAAUGCUCCAACACCUCUUGAUGCACCUUCGACUUCAUCAAAUACCCCAACACCUGGUUCUUCGACAGCGACAAAUACACCCAAUACUCCAAAGAAAAAAGGCGUGAAACGGAAAGCUGCUUCCAUGUUAAUGAAGGAAAUGGAGAAAGCUGCUUGUCCUAAACAUAAACCUAACAUAGUGGAUUUAUGCUGUCAGAAUUGCAAUCAAGCAAUAUGUUCGCAGUGUGUAAAAGCCCAUACUGGACAUCAAAUUGGAGAUAUUACCGACUUUUUCGGGAAUAAAAAAGAUGUGAUUGAAAGUGAUUUAAAUCUCAUUCAGAGCCAUAUCAAGCAAAGAGAGGAAGCAAGACAGCAGCUGGUCGAAGAUCUAGAAAAGAUGGAACAAGCUUCAGAAAGCGUGAUGAAGGAAGUUAAAGAUUUCGCUGACAAGGUCCGAUCAACCAUUCUAAAGAAAGCAGAAGACUUGAAAGCAAGUACUAAAGAAACAAAAAAGAAGAUUGUUUCAAGAAAAGGCGAGUUUGACAAAGAAAUCAAAAAACUAGAAACCUUGCGUAAAAAAUGUCAGGAUGAGUUGGAUGCUAAAGAUUUAGCAGUGUUCCUGUUCAGAAAAGAAUCGGCGUUCUCGCUUGAAACCUACGAAAAUCUCCCAAGUUCGUUCGAAAUUACACCUGCAGCAUUUUUUCCAGCGGAAUUAGACCAAGACAUGAAAACUUUUGGAACCAUUGCUUCUGCAACUAUUCAAGAGAAACCUAUUACGUUUAGGCCACCAUCUACCCCAAUAAAAAUGUCAGGAAAAAAGAAGAAACAGACAGCUCAAAACAGUACGCCAUUGCCUGUUCCGACUGCCACUUCUGCCUCUGCUCAAAAUCAUGAAAUAUUGAGAGACGCAGUGAGUUCUAUUGUUAAAGAUCUUGGAAUGAACAUUGUUCAACAAUAAAGAAGAUAUAUGGGAAUUCUUUUAUCCAAAUUGAAGGAGUUUGGUGGAUAAAGAAAAAUCCCUUAUCCCAGUUCUCUCUUAUCAAAAGCUUGGUAAGCAGAUUGUUCAAAAAUGAUGAAAACAAAUGGUACUGAAUAAUUGGAGCAGCUUGGUGGGAUUAGAAAAAUCCUAUUCUCCCUCACCGUAUUGAUAAUCAUACAGUGUACACUUGACUGCAGUAAAAAAAUUAUUUUGAAAACGAUGAAGGUGUAAUAUGCAUAUGUAUCACAAUAAAAAAAAGAGAGAGAAAGUGAGAUUUUGGAAAAGGGGGUGUAUGUCUAGUUGCUCCAUUUAACUACAUGUAUAUUAAUUUGUGUUUGACUCUGUUGACUUACAUACUGAACUUUAUAAUAGAAUUAGGAAGAAUAGUAACAAUAUUUAUGUGACUUUAUAUUCACCCGCUGAUGAUUAAUGAAGCAAGUUUGUAUUUCAUAUUAUAUUUACAUAUAAAAGAUAUUUUCAUGUAAUAGAUCUAUAGCUUCAAAUAAAGUUUCAUUAUACUUGAUUAUUUUUAAAGGGUUUUUGCAGAGAAAAAAAGUUGAAUUUACUCCAUGGCAUAAAAUUAUUAAACUUGCAAUCGCAGUGUCAGUUAUUUAUACUUUCUGCGUUAGUGAUGAUUUAUUUUCCAAGUUCUGUUCAAUCUGUUGUUAAUGAAAACAAAAUAUUUUGGGAAUUACAUGUAUAAUAUAUCAUAAAUCCACUUUAGACUACUUAUUUAAAGAAUUGUUUUUAAAUAUUGUGCCUGAAGGAAAGUAUGUAGACUGAUUGAUAAAAAAAAGUUCUAUAACUGCAGCCUUGAAAAUAAAAAAAUUAAAAUGCAAGAUUAACUUCAAAAUCUGUAUGGUUGUCUAUGUACAAUCAGUGAAUUUAAUAAGUAAUAUGAAUUAAAAUUUUAUUGAAGCAG